ACAUCCCUGAGGUUACCAUAGGGGGUCUCGGCUUCCCGAGUGUGCUCCAGGGAGAUACUGAAGUUGAUAGUCGAGUACAUUUGACCCCGUUUUGCCAUCACCCUCAAGCUCCUUUGCUACUAGCACUACUAAUAAAAUGUAGUUUUCAUUUCUCUAGGAACAGUAAAAAAACUGAGUUAAGUGAGAUGAUGUCACUUUAGCCUUGGGUAAGUUUAUAAAGAUGUUGCAGAAAAAAAUAAUGGAGCCAGUGUUAAAAAGGAAAAUCUCAUUUUUUUGAAUUUUCAAAACAUUUAAAGGAGUGGGCCAGUGAAGUCAUCGGCAGGAAAAAAAAUCAAGGUAGUAAAUACUGAAGACAUUUACCGCUAAAUAUGAAGAGUAGAAUUUGUGCUGCCAGGGGUGGAAGGUGGCAAAUGUCAAUGUAACACAGUGGUUGUUAGGGAAUAAAAAGAAAACCUGAUAAAAUUGGAAAAUGGCCUCGAUUGGCAAAGAAGGGAUUAUCUUGGAAGCACAAAAUGUCACAGUGUUUCAGCUGUUGCUACAGAGACCUGAAGGUUAAUCUUUCUUACAGAAACUAAGAAAGGUCAGGGGAGAAGCUGAGAUUGUUUGUGCUUAGCGUGUGUAGGUGGAGCUGUGAAACCCUAACCAGCAACUUUCCUUAAGUUUGCAGCAAAAAGGGGAAGAUUUAACUCUAGCCAAGGAAGAAAAUAUUUAAAAAUAGUGAUCCAGACAAUAUAAUUGCAUUAGUUUGGUUGGCAUCAGCAGGAUGCCUGACUCUGGGAUGGGAAUUGGGAAUGCUGGCCAGGACAAAGGAAACUCCUUACCAAAGAUACUGGAUACUGUAUACUGAGAUUUUUUAAGAAAAGAGAGCUGAAGACUUGGUUGCUUUGUGUUAUCUCUAGUUGUUCUGAACUUUAAUGAAGCAAUUGAUGUUGCUGCUUGGGAAACACCUGCUCAGUGGGAGAUGGACACUGGUAGGAAAGGAGCACAAGGAAGGCUAGAAUGAAGGUUUAAGUGAGUGGUUUCUGUGAGCGUCCAUUGAAGAAUAAAAGGAUUUGAAAGCUACAUCCUUGAGAAAUUUGUGUAGUUUUUGUUGCACAGAGAAAUGCUGAAAUUUCAAGAAACUGCUAAGCAUGUCACUGUUGCCAGAUUUAAUUCUGCUUGCUCAGAGGCUAUGAUUGCAAGAAGAUACACUAUUGAGAGGAAACUUGGCAAUGGGAGCUUUGGAAGUGUGUAUUUGGUUAAUGACAGAAAAGCAAAACAAGGAGAAGAAUUAAAGGUCCUAAAGGAAAUCUCUGUUGGAAACCUAAAGCCUAAUGAAACAGUUGAAGCAAAUCUGGAAGCACAGCUACUCUCCAAAUUAGACCAUCCAGCCAUUGUCAAAUUUUAUGCAAGCUUUGUGGAGCGAGAUAGUUUCUGCAUUAUCACUGAGUAUUGUGAGGGUGGAGAUCUAGACUUUAAAAUUCAAGAGUACAAAGAUUCUGGGAAGAUGUUCACUCAGAGUCAAGUAAUAGACUGGUUUAUACAGUUAUUACUCGGAGUCAACUAUAUGCAUGACAGACGGAUACUUCACAGGGAUUUGAAAGCCAAGAAUAUAUUUUUGAAAGAUAAUCUUCUUAAAAUUGGAGACUUUGGAGUUUCUUGUCUUUUGAUGGGUUCAUGUGAUCUUGCAACUACUUUUACUGGGACACCAUACUACAUGAGUCCAGAAGUACUGAAGCACCAGGGAUAUAAUACAAAAUCUGACAUUUGGUCUCUGGGGUGCAUUUUGUACGAGAUGUGCUGUAUGAACCAUGCAUUUACUGGGCAGAAUUUUUUGUCUGUCAUGUUAAAAAUUGUGGAAGGUGAAACACCUUCCCUUCCUGAGAGAUAUCCAAGCAAACUGAAUGCUGUGCUAUGCAGCAUGUUAAAUAAGAAUCCUUCAUUGAGACCAGCAGCAGCAGAGAUCCUAAAAUCAUCUUAUAUUGAUGAACAGCUGAAGAAAAUACAAUACAAGUUCACAAACACGACUGUGAAAGAUAAGGCACUUAACUGGCAGCAGAAAGAAACUGCUCCCAUUUUUGGUACUGUGCAGAAGAAAGUUCAUUUGCAAACUCUGCAGGAACUUUCUGAAAUUCAGAAAAUGACACCACGAGAACGAAUGCGGCUGAGGAAGUUAAAUGCUGCAGAUGAGAAAGCAAAAAAGUUGAAGCAGCUGGUAGAAGAAAAAUAUCAAGAAAAUAUCAAAAGAAUGCAAGAAUUCCGGUCCCGUAAUUUUCAGCAGCUGAAUGUCAAUGUCCUACAUCCAACCACUAUGGGCAGCUAUGUGUCCACAGGACAUGAUGAACCACGAGGGAAUGGGACAAGUGAACUCAGCAUGUCUGAACUUACAGACCACGAGAUCCCUGAAGACCCAGAAAUUGCAGAAGAAUAUUAUAAAGAAGAGUUUGAGUCUUGUUCAGAAGGCAGUGAAGAGGAGGAAGGUGAAGAAUUGUCAUGGACAGUCUCUAAGACAAAUCACCAGGACAGUGAUAUGGAGGCAAUGGUUGAGUAUUUGGAGAGUGUCCUGAAUAGCAGCUCAUUGGGCUCAAGGACUGUCACCAGAGUGUCUCCAGGGGUGCCCCAGGGAUUCAGAGCUCUCAACAAUACAAUGGCUGAGACCAAGAUGAAACGCAUGAGGGAAUCUGCCAUUGGGAAACUGGGAGUGGAGGCAUUUGAGGCAGUGUACAGCUGCCUCAAGCAAGCCAGGCAGCAGAAUGCCAGUGAGGAGGAGAUCAGGAGCUGUUUGGAGAAAUUGGUUUCUAGAGCCAGCGAUUGCUUCGAAGUAGAUCAGCUGCUGUACUUGGAGGAGCAGCUACAGGCUUCAGAGCUGCAUCUUCAGCUGUAACAGCGUGUCAGCACCAGCUGGGAAUGGUACAGAGCAGGAAGGGGCCUCCUUCAGGGCAGCAGGCAAGUACAGAGGUAUUUGGGGGACACUGCUGAAGGAAAUGUAGUACAUAAGCAUGUGGGUAAGCUCCACUUGAGAGCCCAGACUGCAGUGAGUAGCGGGUAAAUAGCACAGAUUUCAGGGGCAGGAAGAAGAACAAAUGUUUAUGACAGUGCAGGGGAGGAUUCACAGUUGACCAUGUCCCCUUUUUCUGCUACUUAAAGCAUAAGGAAGGAUGUUCUGGGCUGUGGCUGGAUGCCAGUCCUGCACUCAGAGCAUUGCUGGCAAAGCUGCCUCUGAUGGAAUGAUGCAGGAUUAGACUCCAGCUGCUGUUGAUUUCUGUGCUAACUGCUCCUUGUGAUAUUUAAGCCCAUAAUUUUUGUAAUUUGACAGAUUUACUCUUAAACAUAUAUGUAUAUGUAUAUGUAUGGUCACUCAGCCCCUAAUUACCUUGUUAUUAUUGAUUGGUCAAAAGGACUGCAUUUAAUCUGAGCUUCAAAGGAACUGUGGAAAUACAUACAUAUGUGCAUAUUUAUAUACAUGUAUGCAUGCUCACAUACACAGAGAUAGGUGUAUGUCUGGUCAGACACUGUACUUGUAUAAAGAUAUUUGGAUUAAAUCAGUUCUUCAAAAAUGGAACAAUAAACUGAAUUUUUUUUCUG